AUGCAAUCAAUGCUAUAUCGUGCUAUUAUUGUUGGUGAUUCCCGUUGUUUAUGUUAUACAUCUAGGAAUUUGUGUUCUUCUCUAGGAAUUAGACAUUUUUCCCAUAAAGAACUAUGUGAAGAAGACCUUACCAGGUACGUGGACAUUCUCACUGUGAAACUUGGCAAAGGAAGCAGUGAGGAAGAAACCCUUACCACCCUCUUGAAUGAUCAAGCUUUGGAUGCCAUACCCCUCUCCCAAAACCUUGUUCACCGGUUGCUCCAGCGAUACAAGGAUGAUUGGAAGUCUGCUCUGGGGGUAUUCAGAUGGGCUGGUUCACGUUCGAGCUUUAGACAUUCGCCGGAGUCAUAUGAUAUGAUGGUAGAUAUAUUGGGUAGAAUGAAGGUUAUGGAAAAGUUGAGGGAUUUGUUAGAAGAAAUGCGUGAGAGUGGUCUGGUCACUAUGAAUACUGUGGCUAAGGUAAUGAGACGGUUUGUUGGGGCAGGGCAGUGGGUAGAUGCAGUGAAGAUAUUUGAUGACUUGCAAUCCCUUGGGUUGGAGAAGAACAUAGAAUCCAUGAACUUGUUGCUUGAUACCUUGUGCAAAGAGAAAUUUGUGGAGCAAGCUCGUGAAAUUUUCUUGGAGCUGAAACAGUACAUUGCUCCUAAUGCUCACACGUUCAACAUAUUCAUUCAUGGAUGGUGCAAAAUCUGUCGUGUGGACGAGGCACAUUGGACAAUCGAAGAGAUGAAAGGAUAUGGUUGUCGCCCUUGUGUUAUAAGUUAUUCCACUAUCAUUCAGUGUUACUGUCAAGAAGGGAAUUUCAGCAGGGUGUAUGAGCUUCUUGAUGAAAUGCAUGCUCAAGGGUGCUCACCUAAUGUGAUAACUUAUACUACCAUCAUGUGUGCACUGGCAAAGGCUCAAAAGAUAGAGGAAGCUUUGAAAGUACCUGAGAGAAUGAGGUCUUCUGGAUGUAGGCCUGAUACACUAUUCUUCAAUUCGUUCUUAUAUACAUUGGGGAGAGCAGGUAGACUAGAUGAUGCUGCCUAUGUAUUCAGCGUGGAAAUGCCAAAGGCUGGUGUUUCCCCAAAUACAUCCACCUAUAAUUCAUUGAUUUCUAUGUUUUGUUAUUAUGCACAAGAAAAGAGAGCUUUUGAAAUAUUGAAGGAGAUGGAAAAUUCAGGGUAUUGUAAGCCUGAUGCUCAGACUUACCACCCACUGAUCAAAUCUUGCUUUAGAACUGGAAAAAUAGAUAGUGUGUUGAACGGUAUAUUAGAUGACAUGAUUAAUAAAUAUCAUCUCAGUCUUGAUCUUUCAACCUAUACACUGCUAAUUCACGGGCUUUGCAGAGAAGAUAGAUGCAAUUGGGCGUUAUCUCUCUUUGAGGAGAUGAUUGAUCAAGAUAUAAUUCCUAGACACAGAACUUGCCGAUUGCUAUUGGAUGAAGUCAAGCAGAAAAAUAUGUAUCAAGCUGUUGAGAAAAUUGAGGAUCUUAUGAAAAAAUUGUAA